AGUAAAGGCCCUGAUGGUGAAACUAUAAUUAAGUUGACAUCAAUACAUCUUGAACAUAAUCAUCUGUUAGUUCCUAAAAAUGCUAGCUUUGCUACUGAAUACUGGAAACUUACAGCAGAAAUAAAGGAUCUUAUUAAAAAAUAUACACUCUGUGAUCUUGAUGUUCCAUCUCAGGUUCAGCUACUUCAUGAGUUGUUUUCUAAAGCAACAAUUAUAGAUUAUGAUAUGAAGAACUAUGUAUAUAAAUUUUGGCAUAUUCAUUCAAUACAAGGUGGUGAUACUAUAAAGCUCUUUGAACAUUUUGAAAAAGAACGUGCAAAGGAUUCUGAUUGCAUUUUUACUAUUGUUGAUAACAACUUUAAGUCGAGAAUUGUUGUACAGGCUGUAUUGCCUGAUGAAACAAGUGAAAGUUAUAGAUGGGUUUUACAGCAAAUAAUCAAAGCUACAGGAGUUCAACCUGGUGCCUUUAUAAUUGAUGCUGACCUAGGUCUUGAGAGUGUUAUUCCUGAGGUGUACCCUAAUACCUACCUUCUUUACUGUAUUUGGCAUAUCAGACGUAAUAUUGAGAAGCAGCUUGCAAAGUCUCUUGGUGACCAUUAUGCAGAUUUUCUCAAAGCCUUCUACCGCAUACAUAAUGUUUUAUGCAAAGAGGCAUUUGGUAGAUAUUGGCAACAAUUAAUGGCAGAAUUUUUACAGCAG